UUUUAAUAUGACUUCAUUAAAUGAUGUCAUUAUACCUUACCUAAUGUAUGAUUUGUCCUUGAAAAUUCUUAACAAAUUUAGUAAUUUUUUUAUAAAAAAAUUCAUGCACAGUUGAUGUCCACCUCCACCCUAUAUAUAAAGGCCUUUGCAGUCCCAAACCGAAACAAAGCAAAGUGCUAUCUGCUUAUACACUACAGCUCCUGAUUACCGCAUCCCAAAUAUAUGGAGACAGUGACCACACUGACCACACUGUCCUCAAAGACAUCGGAAAAUCUGUUCAAUGAAAUUCUUGCAACCCAUGUCAAAGAUGACGACCGAGCAGUUGAUCUCCAGCCCAUUAUGCACAUCAUGGAGAAAAUUUUGCAUGAUGUUGACCGAGUCAUCAAUGGUACACAUGGAGGCACGGUUACGUUGAAGAAAAACACCACCCUGCUUACCUUUGAUAAUGGCAUGCAUGAAGCAAUAUUGGCUGAUAUUCUCAAUGUCUCUGGCGAGUUAUCAUGCAAUUGCCUUGUAGGAGAAAAUGCGCAUGCAACAACAGUAAAGCUGCUGGAAACGCUUAAAACCUAUUCAUGGAACACAAAAAUGGUGCUAGCCUUAGCUGCUUUUACUGCGAAUCUGGGGGAGUUUUGGCUGCUUCUUCAGCGCGGCAACAACAAUUCGCUUGCCAAAUCUGUGGCUUUCCUUAGGCAAGUUCCAGAAAUCGAACGUUUGAACCCACUGAGAGAUGGAGUCACUAAACUCGUCCAGGCCAUAAGGAAUUUAGCAAAGUGCAACGCUAAGUUCAUGACAAAGCUACACUCUUGGUAUUUUUCUAAAGAGACCCAGCCAAUCUCAGAAGCCAAGGUGGAAAUCAUUCGAGCUACAUAUUGGACCAUUAACAGCGUUGUACAAAUUGCAAGCCUUUUAGGCUGGAGAAACAAGAACACUUCAUUAACCACGGAGGCUGGGAAAACAUUGAUAAUUCAAUUGGAAAAUGAUGUCAGUCAGAUCUAUGAUAUCCUUAAACAUCAUUUAAAACAAUGCAAAGACUAUAUCGGUAAGGAGAUAGGAGAUGCUUAUAAAACCCUGCUGAUACUUAUGCAAAGACCAGGAGGGGGAGACAUUGUGAAAAUUCUCGACAGAUUCCUUCGCCGCGAUGGUAUCGAUAAGGUUGAUAUUGAGAAACUGAGAAGCAAGCAUGUGUUAUUCCUCAUAACAGAUCUUGACAUCUCCCUUGAAGAAAUUACAGUUCUCAAUGAGUUGUACCAAAAGACAGAGAGCUAUGAAAUCGUAUGGCUCCCAGUUGUGGACGGGCUUUACAACAAGAAAAGGUUUUUGGAACUGAAAGCAUCAAUGAAAUGGUAUACUGAUGUGCCCGCCAUUCUUGAACCAGCAGUCAUUAAAUACAUCAAGGAGGUUUGGCAUUUUAUUAAGAAUCCAAUUGCGGUGUCCUUGACUUCGGAAGGUGAGGUGACAUGCCAAAAUGCACUCCCCUUGUUGUGGACGUGGGGAAAUGAGGCCUUUCCUUUCAUUGCUGAGAAAGAGAAAAAUCUCUGGCAUAACAGAUAUGGCUGGAGACUUGACUUCCUUAUCGAUGAUCUGAUUGAUCCGGAGUUACGAAAAUGGAUUAUUGAAGGAAAACUGAUAUGCUUGUACGGUGGUGGAAGUAUUGACUGGAUCCUGCAGUUCACUACCGCAAUAAAAGUUGUUCUUGCAAGGAUUGGAGUAACUGUAGAAAUGGUUUACGUGGGAAAGAACAACGCCAAGGAGUGGACCGGAAAGGUGACUGCAGAGCUGCACAGUCACAACUUGCGCGUUCUGAAAUCCGAGAGGCAUUUCUGGGCUCGACUGCAGAGCAUGUUGUACUUGUACACAAAAAUGAGGCAGGGCAAGGGACUGAGUAGAGAUGAUUCCUUUAUGCAGGAGGUUAUGAAAAUACUUGCCUUCGAUGGCAGUGAAGGAGGAUGGACUUUGUUCUGUAAGGGAGCAGAUGUGAUAGUGAGGUUGGAAGGAGAAACAGCUCUGAACAUUAUAUGGAAAUACGCUGAUUGGGAAAACUAUGCUAAGAAGCAUGGUUUUCUCGAAGGACUUAACUAUUACAUGGAAGAUCAGAACAUCCCGCACAGCUGCGUCCAACUGAAACUGCCUUUUAUCAGUUCGGAAAUCCCAGGGAAGGUACAAUGCUGUGAAUGUGGCAAGGAAAUGGAGAUGUAUUACAUGUAUCGCUGCUGCAAACAGUAAUAGCUAGCAUCUAUCUACCAAGUUUGGGAAGGACAGAUUGAUUCUGAUAAAGAUGAUGAAAUAAAGGGUGUUCCUCAUUGUUGUGUGUUUGUUGAUGUAACUUUUAUAUGCUACGGUUUGUACUUAUAAUAAGGUGCAGUCCACGACGAUUAUCAGCACCUUUGGCUGCUAAAGAGUCGGGACUGC